AUGUUGGAGCUGGGAAGGACCGUGGAGUCAUCGACCUUGUCGGGUUCAAUGCCCAGAGGGAUCAAUAGUUGGGAUUCAAAGGAAGAAGAAGGAAAAGGGUUAGUGGUGGGGGUUUUGGAGGCAUUGCUUGAAUGGGAAAGAGGGUGGCGGAAGGAGAAGAGAGAGGUGGGGGUUUUGGAGGCGUUGCUUGAAUGGGCUGUGCACGACACUGAAGGUAAGUUCUCAUGGCCUGAGUUGGUUGGGGUGCAAGGAACGGUAGCGGAGGCUACAAUUGAGAGGGAGAAUCCUUCGGUGAAUGCUAUUAUUGUGCCUCUAGGAUCCGUGGUCACAACGGAUCUUCGAAGUGACAGGGUUUGGGUUUGGGUUAAUAAAGAUGGAAUUGUUAAUAGAGUUCCAAAAAUUGGAUAG